AUGGCAGUAGAAUUGGCAAUUGAUGCGUCUCUCUUGAUGGGCGAGAUAGUAGUAGAUUUUAUAAGUGAGAAGGUAGUAGAUCUCCUCCAACUCAACUUCAAAGUCAAGGCUAUAACUGAUAUCGAAGGGAAGAUGGACAAGCUCAAGGACUUGUCCACGAUCAUUGACAAGGUGAUCCAAGACCUCGACUCCCGCCCUUUUAUUGAUGAUGCUGUAAAGGACUUGCUCAAGAAGCUCAAAUACUUAGCCCGUGAUCUCGAGGAUGUUGUGGAUUACUAUGACACCAAAGUCUUCCAGAAGCAGCAGAGAUCAAAUACUUCUUUUGGGAUGGUGCGUGAUUUCUUUUCUUCUAAUAAUCAACUACUGUUUAAAAGCAGGGUUGGUGUCAUGAUAAAAGCUAUAACAAAAAGUCUGGAUUAUAUUUUGCUGCAAAAGUCCUUUCUUCACAAUUUGCCACAAGGCAGUAUCCGCAUGUCGGAACCAAGCCUUUACGAUAGUUUGGUUACAGGGAGAGAGACAGAGAGGCAGAUGAUUGUCAACAUGUUAACAAAGGAUGAUGAUUAUGAUAGCAACAAUGUCACACUGAAGGUCAUUUCCAUCGUUGGGAUGGGUGGUCUAGGGAAGACUACACUUGCUCAGUUUGUUUACAAUGAUGAGAGGGUGCAAGACUAUUUUGCAAGUUUGACAAUGUGGAAAGUUGUUGGGGCCGAAUUUAAUCCCACAAAGAUAAUAAAGUCUAUUUUAGAACUGGCUACUGGUGCAUCAGUCGACAUCUCAGAAAUAUAUUUAGUGAAGCAGAAGCUGAAAAAUGAAUUAUCUGGGAAGAGAUUUCUUCUUGUACUGGAUGAUGUAUGGAAUGAAAAUGAAUCAAAGUGGAUUGCAUUGAAAACAGCCUUAACAUGCGGAUUGAGAGGAAGCAAAAUUUUGGUGACAACCCGUAGCCAACAGGUCUCUAAAAUUAUGGGCUCAUCCAAUACCACCCACCAAAUACAACAGUUGUCCCGAGAUGAUUGUCUGUCCUUGUUUUAUCAAUUUGCUUUUGGAGACGAAGUAGCGGAUCAAAAUUUGAUGAACAUUGGUGCAAAGAUUGUUGAGAAAUGUGGUGGUGUGCCCUUGGCUGCCAUAUCCCUUGGUAGCAUGCUCCGUGGCACUCGAGAGGAAGCUUACUGGUCCUCGGUAUUGAAGAGUGAAAUAAGCCAGUUGGGAAAUGAGGAAGAUAAAGUGUUAGAUGUACUAAAGUUUAGCUAUGACACUCUCCCUGUACGGUCAAAGAAGUGUUUUGCAUUUGCCUCCCUAUUUCCAAAAAAUUAUUGGAUGACAAAGGAUGAAUUAAUAAAACUGUGGAUAGCAAAUGGUUUUGUAUGCUCAGAAGGAAAUUUUGAUGCUGAAACAAAUGGCAACCAUGUCUUUAAUGAUCUAGUAAUGGGAUCAUUCUUUAUCCUGGCACCUUCUCGUGAUUUUGAAGAUGAUAGUUAUGUAACCAAGUGCAAGAUGCAUGAUUUGAUGUAUGAUCUGGCACGAUCAGUAUCUGCAAAUAUAUACUGGAAUUCUAAACAAGACUCGGUGAAAGAUAUUGGAAAACGAACAUAUCAUUUGCAAUUAUUUCCGGGAGAGUUACCAAAUGAUAUAUUUUCUCAGCUCUUAAAUAAGAAACCAUUGUACUUGCGUACCUUUAUAUCCCCACGUACAUUUUCAUGUUUGAGUAUCAAUUUACUUGAAGUCUUCUCAGAACUGAAAUUUUUACGGGUGUUAGAUUUAAGUUACAAUGGCAUCAAGGAGGUGCCGACGUCAAUAGGAAACUUGAUACAUUUGAGUAUCUCAAUCUCAGUUUCAAUAAAAAACUUCAAGAGCUACCAAAACAAUUAG